AACAUGGCAACCUUGUCGAGUUGUGCAUUAGAAACUCACGUUUUCGAGUAAAGCGUGCCGUUGCUGCGAACCCUGUUGUAUUUUUAAUAUUGGGAAGGGAAAAUCGGAAGCAAUAUUUCGCAGUGUAGAUGAAACACGACGCCGUAGUGGCUCAAUAAAGAUUGUUUUUUGAAAGUUUAUUUAACAUGAGCGUCCAACCUCAAACUGGGGAACGUCUUCGUAUGCGACCUUGGCUAGAAUGCCAAAUCAACAAUGGCCGCAUUCCUGGUUUAGUUUGGGACGACAAGUCUAGGAAAAUCUUUCAAGUUCCUUGGAAGCACGCUGGAAAGCCGGGAUUCGUCCUUGAACGCGAUGCAAUGCUGUUCAAAGAAUGGGCCAGACACACGGGUAAAUACAAAGAUGGCGAACAGGCCGACCCCUCCACAUGGAAAACCCGAUUUCGCUGUGCCUUACAUAAAUUGCCCGAUGUAGAAGAACUAAGAGAUCGAAGUCACUUGGAGGGCGACGAACCUUAUAGAGUUUUUCAAUUCAUACCAAAAGGUAAGAUUACGAGCAAAUUUUCUUGGCAUUGUUUUUGUCAGUGCAUACAAACAUAGUACAUUUUGGCUUACAAUGUGUUCGGUGAUUUCCCAAACAGGAAGUCGGGGAAAGUCUAAUUGUUACAACACAAAAUUCUGCAACCUUAAUAUAUUUUAUAUAUCUAAGUUAAUAUAUCACUUCCCUAGCAUUAUCAAAUUAUAUUCCUUUGCAAUUUUGGUGCCGUAAUUGUGCUAAUUAGUAGGUGUGGGGGCAUAAUUUUGAAUUUUAGCAGAGGAAGCACUUUAAACUGAAACUAAGUGUAAUAUGUCAUAUUCCAAUAUAUAAAACAACGGUAACUCCGAAAAUAAACAUUUUAAUAUUGUAGCUUUCGACUAAGAUUCGGUCAUCAUCAGGAAUAUUCUAGCUUUCGACUAAGAUUUAGUCAUCAUCAGGAAUGAGCUAGAAUAUUAAAAUGUUUGUUUUCGGAGUUAUGUUGUUUUAUAUUUUAUUAAAAUACUCGGUGUUUCCCGUAAUUAAUGUCGUAUUGCCGUACACCAGUUACACCAGUAUCUAAUUUCAUACAUGUAGGGUUAGUGCUAAUUGCCUUUUGAACAACCAGCCCCAAGGUGAUAUCAUAAAUGUCCCUCGUUUGCUGUGCUCACUUGUGGCAUUUUGAUGUCGUCUCUGAUUCUCUCAAGCAAUAAAACUAAUAUCGCCUCGCUCCUCGAAAAAAUAACCUAUACUUAUCAAUUUUUUAAAUAUUGGUUAUUCGAUAUUGCAUUUUUAAAAUCAGAGUAACGUAUGAAAAGUGAACUGGAGUCUGGAAACUUGUAAUAAAGUGCAGGGUUUUCACCGUGGGCUUCAGAAAUUCAUUGCCAAGAUUCGAAUGACUUUUCCAAAUUGUGCUGAUAUUAAUUAUACUUAUUUCUAAGCCAAACUGAACUCAAAGUCAUCGGACGUCACAAAACAUAUGUCUGAAUCAAAGUCGUCUAACAUUUUGUCAGACGGUUCUCUGGCCGAUAUUUUAAGGCCUGGUAUCGAACCUGUUUGGUAUGUAGAUAAAUUUGAUUAGUUCAACUUAAAAUAAGUUGAAGUGAUAUGAAUUUAGAUUCAUAAAGACACUUCACUGAUCAGAUACUAAGGGAAGGUCGAGUACGAUAUAUGUUUCUGUCAAAAGGACUUCAAUAUGAUGUCCGGGAUGGAGGUACCUGUAGCCUGCGAGGUAGACACUCAAGUGGGAAAGACCGUCUGCCAGGUUUCACUAUGUAUUUUGGAUAUGCCCCCUUUCAAAUCGCGGUUAGAAAUACCUGUAAAUGACCUUACUUAUGUAAACCAGGGCUAGAAAUAAAUGGCCAUUACUUAUGUAAACAAACAGCACAUUCAAAUCAAACACUUAACAUGGUAGCAAUAUCAAACAGUCUAGACUUUUAUAGCCAGGCAAAACAAUUAAAAUAUGUUUUCCAACAAGCAAUUCUCUAACCAAUAUGACCUCUACUUAGCGUUUCAGAAUUAAUAGUUGAUAGUAAAAUUCGAAGCUUUUCAUUUGCAAACUGUUGUUAUUGUGUGAUUAGUAUAUGACAUUAAAUUAAUGUAUAUUUCCUCUUGAUUGACAACAGCAAAAAUAGUACAGCCAAUCAAUUCCCGUCCAUGAUAGACGGAUUAUUCAAAUACAAAGCAAAACCCGGCAGUCUUUCACCUCCUUCGCCUCGCCCGUUUUUAGGUGUUCCACUGUGGGCUGACCGUCUGCCACGCAGGCUAGCUAGGAUGGAGGGGGUUUGUAGGCAUAAUGUCUUUUCUUUUUGUUUCCUGAAAUAUACACUUAAAAAGUCUAAAUUAAAAAUAGUCAAAAAGUAUUAUAGAUGCUGUAAAGUUCGUUCUGCACAUACAUUCUACGCAGGCCUACAUUCCAAUGGUCGGGACCCGACCGUUGGAAUGUUAUUAAUAUUUCGCACCUUCCGAAUUUUCUUGAAGUGAAUCUCUAGUCUGUAUUCAUUUACAAGCAUAGCGAACCAGAAGAGUGUUAAAAAUUCAGUAUAAUAUAUAUCGAAUCAUAUUUUACAACUGUAGCACGGAGUUCAAAAUGUAAACAAAUCUUUAAUUAAUUAAUGUUGAAAUUUUUGAAUCUAACAAAUCCCUCAAAACGUCCUUCAAUAAACUUGAUCACAACAUAUUCUUUUUGUAUAUGUACAGUAAAGUGAACCUUCCCAUAGUCUCGCAAUUCUUAUGAGAAAUGUUUAUGCCAGACAUGUUUUUCAAAAGAAAUGCAGAAUUUAAAAUUAAGUUAUCUUGAAAAUGAUUCAUUGUUACAUGUAAGGCCCUUUAUUACUUCACUCUGUCUAACACCAGAUGAUUUUACUCGUCAAUAUCGGUCGGUCACGGACAUUGUCCGACCCAUUUGUGAAAUUGUCCGACCCAUUUGUGAAAUUGUCCGACGUAGAGAGGAAACCACCGGACAUUCUGUCCGACCUAAGUGAAACUGAGGUUUAUUGUUUGUCCGACCUAAGUGUAUUUGUGUCAGACCGAACUGUAGCUUUGUCCAUUGUAAAUCAAAAUGUAUCCUAGCCCAGGACUAGAGGCUUGUAUAUGUUAAAUGGAAAAUCAGAGUACUAUUGUAUAUAAGGUGAACUGGAGAUAUUGUUUUAACAUACUGUAGUCGAGCGCGGGGUGGCGAGCGAAAUGGUGAAGAGGAAAACAGGCUUAAGUUGUCGAAGUCUUUUUAAUACUGCUGUUUCUGGAAAGCAACUUAAUUUUGGCUUGGAAAUAAGUAUGAAAGAAACAAAUUAUUUAAUAUCUUCACAACACUUACCGUUCAGAUAUUCAUUUGUGUCAUUCAGACUUACUUCCGAGUCAAAACUGGACUGAAGGUCAUCGGAUAUAUCCGACCCCCAAACUCAACGUCAUCGGACAUUUUGUCAGACGGCCCUGUAAAAGAUAAUUUAAGGCCUGGUUAAGCCUUAAUUAUUUCUUGAAAUUAUAUUGGCUAAUAAGAAAAAAACUCCAAAACUACUCUCCACAACGGCCGGAAAUGCCAUUCCAGACGGCCCCCUAUACCUCUUCAUAAUAUGCUUUCACGUAAAAAUAUUUUGCAUUUUCACGAGUCACGGAUUAAGAAAAUCAUCGAUCACGUUUCACGGCUAAGUAAAAUAAGCCCUUCACGCUUCACGCAAAAAUUAUAGGGGGCCUGAUCAUGUUUCACGGCUAAGUAAAAUAAGCCCUUCACGCUUCACGCAAAAAGUAUAGGGGGCCCUCAUUCCAGAGGAUCUAAAUUACAACAUCUUGACGAGGAGAUGCCCUUGGACAUAUUCCACUUUCAUGUCACUUCUUACAAAAAAACCUCAGGUACUCUAAAUUCCUCGGGAACCAUGACAAGGGCAGAUUUUCAUUUAUUUGAAAGGAGGGGUAUAAAAAGUUCUGAUAAAUAGGAGGGUGAAGCAAAGUAACCUCCCCCCAGUAAAUCCGCCCAUGAACCCUGGUCAAGUUGUGUGAACCUGUGCUGGGUCAAUCAAACUCAUAAAGAGUAUCUGGGCAGUAACUCACUUUUAAUAUGUCUUUUUAGCGAGUCUAUUGGCCGAUAUAUAAGUAUCGCAAUAUUGGUUUUUACACUACACGAGUAUGUACUUGUUACCAUAAUUGCGUUGCCUAUUUCUGGUAGAGUGUGAGACUAUUAUUAGGUGAUUUAUUCUUGAACCGUCUGUGUGUGAGUAGUGUAGGUAGGGCCAAUAUUAAUAAGAAGCUUUUGUUGGUAGGAAUGCAACUACCUGAAAAUAUAAGUAGAAUCUCAACGUUUUGAGCGAAGGCCCUUCAUCUGGACAAUAUCCUGCAGACCAAGAUUUCCUGCAACCAACAAUUUCCUGCAGAGCAAGAUUUUCAAUUUCAUCUUUAUGAAUUUAAUUAAUCACCUGAAUUGUGAACUUACAUGAAUUUUGUUUGGAGCAGAAUUGGAGAAAAUCACUCUCCUACUAUAUUAUUAUGAACCCCUUAAAGCCCAAGACUCUUCCCUUGAUGAGUAGAAUUGUCUGGUAUUAGACAGACGUUAGGUUGUAGUGCAACUCAAUGUGUUAACUAGACACAUGGGCCGACAGUGUGACACCAGCACUCUCCCCGUAAAACUGUCUGGCAUUAAACAGAGCAAAAUAAUAAAGUAAGGCAAAUUGGGGCACAAUGCCACUCAAUAAAAUCGCAUUCCCCCUAUGCAUCGAUCUGGAAUUGGCAAUGGGCUAAGUCAUUCAUGCACCCUGGAUUGACAUGUCAAUCCCAGGCAGCAUUGGAAAACCCAUGUUUAUGGGGUUACCUAGCAACGGUCAUGACUAUAAUGUGUGGGUGCAGUUUAACCUUGGUACCCUCAUUUUCUGCUUAAAUAAGAAUAUAUUUAUGCAGGCCACAAUUUGAUAAAACCUGCAUGACAUUCAUGACAUUGUAUGGUUUUAAAUCAAGUAAGAUAGUAAAUAUCUGAUCAUUUUCUAGGCACCAAGACUGAACGCUCUGAGAAUGCUCCUUCACCUGCAUUUACUGAUGUCUCUGUUUCACCCGCACCAACUAUUGAUAUG